AUGAGAGGCUUUAUAAAUUUUUUUUCUUUACUUAUAGCUUGUUUAGCUGCUAUAUGUAAUAGUCAGGAAAUAGAGGAAACUACUUUAACUCCGCUGAAAGGUCUUACUAUUACUCCAUUUAAUAUAGCUGCAAUGGUUGUUAUGGCUUUUUUUACUUUAGUAGCUAUUUUUAUUGUCUGCAUCAUGCUAGAUACAGAUAUACCAACAAAAUUUGAGGAGAAGAUGCCUCCAAUUAUGAAGGAAUAUUAA